CGGCUCGGCCGGGCGUCCGCGGGCUGUGGGGGAUGGGGGCAGCGAGCUCCGACCCGCGGUGGCGGUGGCCGUAAGUGUUGGGCGGGCGUCCGCGUCCGCGACGCGGGAUGGAGCGCCGCGGAUUUCAGUUUUUUUGACUGUUAAAUAAAAGGAUGAUUGCUCACAAACAGAAAAAGACAAAGAAAAAACGUGUUUGGGCAUCAAACCAACUUUCUAUUGAUGUUACAACUUCUGAAAUGGGGCUCAAGUCUGUAAGUUCCAACUCCAUUUUUGAUCCGGAUUACAUCAAGGAGUUGGUGAAUGAUAUCAGGAAGUUCUCCCAUAUGUUACUAUAUUUGAAAGAAGCUAUUCUUUCAGACUGUUUUAAAGAAGUUAUUCAUAUACGUCUGGAUGAACUUCUCCGUGUUUUAAAGUCUGUAAUGAAUAGACAUCAGAACCUCAAUUCUGUUGAUCUUCAGAAUGCUGCAGAAAUGCUUACUGCAAAAGUGAAAGCUGUGAACUUCACAGAAGUUAAUGAAGAAAACAAAAACGUUAUCUUCCGUGAAGUGUUUUCUUCCAUUGAAACUUUGGCAUUUACCUUUGGGAAUAUCCUUACAAACUUCCUUAUGGGAGAUGUAGGCAAUGAUUCAUUACUACAACUGCCUGUUUCUCAGGAAAGUAAGUCUUUUGAAAACAUUUCUGUGGAAUCAGUGGACUCGUCCAAUGAAAAAGGAAAUUUUUCUCCAGUAGAACUAGACAGCGUGCUGUUAAAGAACACUGACUCUGUAGAUUUGGCUUUGUCAUAUGCUAAAACAUGGUCAAAAUAUACCAAGAACAUAAUUUCAUGGGUUGAGAAAAAGCUUAACUUGGAAUUGGAGUCUGCUAAAAAUAUUGUAAAGUUGGCAGAGGCAACUAGAACUAACAUUGGAGUACAGGAGUUUAUGCCACUGCAGUCUCUAUUUACCAAUGCUCUUCUUAGUGAUGUAGAGAGCAGUCACCGUUUACAACAAACAAUUGCAGCUCUCCAAGCCAACAAAUUUGUGCAGCCUCUACUUGGUAGGAAAAAUGAAAUGGAAAAACAAAGGAAAGAAAUAAAAGAACUUUGGAAACAGGAACAAAAUAAAAUGCUCGAAACAGAGACUGCUCUUAAAAAGGCAAAAUUGUUGUGUAUGCAACGUCAAGAUGAAUAUGAAAAGGCAAAAUCUUCCAUGUUUCGUGCAGAAGAGGAGCAUUUGUGUUCAAGUGGUGGACUAGCGAAAAAUCUCAACAAGCAACUAGAAAAAAAACGAAGAUUGGAAGAGGAGGCUCUUCAAAAAGUAGAAGAAGCAAAUGAACUCUACAAAGUUUGUGUGACAAGCGUUGAAGAAAGACGAAAUGAUCUAGAAAAUACCAAAAGAGAAAUUUUAACACAACUCCGAACACUUGUUUUCCAGUGUGAUCUUACUCUUAAAGCUGUAACAGUUAACCUCUUCCAGAUGCAGCACCUGCAGGCUGCCUCCCUUGCAAGCAGUUUACAGUCUCUCUGUGACAGUGCCAAACUCUAUGAUCCUGGCCAAGAGUACAGUGAAUUUGUCAAGGCCACAAAUUCAACUGAAGGAGAAAAAGUUGAUGGGAAUGUAAAUAAACAAUUAACAAAUAUUCCCCAAACUUCUGGAUAUAGACCUGCCGACUCUUUAGAGGACGUUGUACGCCUUCCUGACAGUUCUAGUAAAAUUGAAGAGGACAGAUGCUCUAAUGGUGCAGAUAUAACAGGUCCUUUUAUAAGACCAUGGACAUUUGGGAUGUUUAGUGACUCUGAGAGUACUGGAGGGAGCAGCGAAUCUAGAUCUCUGGAUUCAGAAUCUAUAAGUCCAGGAGACUUUCAUCGAAAACUUCCACGAACUCCAUCCAGUGGAACCAUGUCUUCUGCAGAUGAUUUAGAUGAAAGAGAGCCACCUUCCCCUUCAGAAGCUGGACCCAGUUCCCUUGGAACAUUUAAGAAAACGUUGAUGUCAAAGGCAGCUCUCACUCACAAGUUUCGCAAAUGGAGAUCCCCCACGAAAUGUAGGGAUUGUGAAGGCAUUGUAGUAUUCCAAGGUGUUGAAUGUGAAGAGUGUCUCCUUGUUUGUCACCGAAAAUGUUUGGAAAGUUUAGUCAUCAUUUGUGGUCAUCAGAAACUUCUGGGAAAAAUACACUUAUUUGGAGCAGAAUUUACACAAAUUGCAAAAAAGGAACCAGAUGGCAUCCCCUUUAUACUCAAAAUAUGUAUCUCAGAGAUUGAAAAUAGAGCCUUAUGUCUACAGGGAAUUUACCGGGUGUGUGGAAACAAAAUAAAAACCGAAAAACUGUGUCAAGCUUUGGAAAAUGGAAUGCACUUGGUAGACAUUUCAGAAUUUAGUCCACAUGACAUCUGUGAUGUCUUGAAGUUAUACCUUCGACAGCUCCCAGAGCCAUUUAUUUUAUUUCGAUUGUACAAGGAAUUUAUAGACCUUGCAAAAGAGAUUCAACAAGUAAAUGAAGAACAAGAGACAAAAAAAGAUAACCCUGAGGAUAAAAAAUUGCCAAAUACGUAUAUAGAAAUAAAUCGAAUUCUUCUAAAAAGCAAGGACCUUUUAAGACAAUUGCCAGCAUCAAAUUUCAACAGUCUUCAUUACCUUAUAGUACAUCUUAAGCGGGUAGUAGAUCAUGCAGAAGAAAACAAGAUGAACUCCAAAAACCUGGGGGUGAUAUUUGGACCAAGUCUCAUUAGGCCAAGGCCCACAACCGCUCCUGUCACCAUGUCCUCUCUUGCUGAGUAUUCACAUCAGGCUCGGCUGGUAGAGUUCCUCAUCACUUACUCACAGAAGAUCUUCGAUGGGUCUCUACAGCCACAAGAUGUUGUGUGUAGUCCAGGUGCUGUUGCACCUCAGGUUGAUCAAGGCUGUCUUCCGAAGCCUCUAUUAUCACCAGAAGAAAGAGACCCAGAACAUUCUAUGAAGUCACUAUUUUUUUCAUCAAAGGAACAGGAUAUCCAUACUGCAGACAGUGAAAGCAAAAGUUUUGAACCAGCUACAUCAUUUGAGGAAUCAGAACACAAGCAAAAUGCAUUAGAAAAAUGUGAUGCAUGUCUCAUUGACAACGAAGUGUUUUUGCUUAUAGACCAGAUCAUUGAAUCAACUUCCCAAAAGACGGAAAAUGUUUAUAAAACUCCUAAACCACUUAUUCUGAAAUCCGAUAGGGCAACAAACAAUGUGGAGAGGCAUGCUCCAAGGACCAGGGUUAGACCUGUCAGUUUGCCUGUAGAUAGACUUCUUGUAGGUCCUCCUCAUGAGAGACAUGGCAGAAAUAUGGGAAAUGUAAAUUCAGACAAGUCCUGCAAGAAUCCUGCCUUUGAAGGAGUUAAUAGAAAAGACACUCCUACUACUGUUUGUUCCAAAUUCAAUAGCUUUGACCAGCAAACUCUAGAAAAAACUCAGGACAAACAGUAUGAACAAAACAUUACUGCGAAGACUGCAAUGAUUGUACCCAGUGCACUCCAGGGAAAAGGAGAGACGACGAGCAUCAGGAUCAGUGGGGACCAUUCCCUCAGUGCCACUGAGCCCAGUAAGCCACAUACAGAGCCAGUCAGGUCAGCAAGAGAGGUGGCAGAGAGACGGUCCUCCGAUUCCUACCCUCUCGCUUCUGUCAGAGCACCCAGAACCCUGCAGCCGCAACACUGGACAACGUUUUAUAAACCACAUGCUCCCACCAGCAAUGUCAGAGGGAGUGAAGAGAAAGUGGCUUCACUCUCUGGAGCAGCUGCUCCUGGCACAGCUGCCCAGGGACACAUGGUGAAAUCAGUUCACGACUUAGACACUGCAACAGCUUGUCCUGGGCACCCGAUUAGUCAGCCUAAGGAGAACUGUGAGGGGCAUGGCUUGCCUGAUGUGAACCCAGCAUGUCAGAGACCAAGGCUAAAACGAAUGCAACAAUUUGAAGACCUUGAAGAUGAAAUCCCACAAUUUGUAUAGAGUUGUAAGAAUUCAGAACAAAUUUUCUUUUAUUGUUGUUUUGUUUUAUGGUAUUGUGUUUGUUUUGUGUGAGAAUGUUUGAUGGGGUCCCCUUUGUAUAGGAUUGCCAAUUCAUAGAUUUUGCGUUUUGUUGUUGUGUAUUAUCCUCUGUUGGUCAUACUGAAUGGCAGAAUGUUUUGAUAGGGCUACAUUUGUGCCUCACUGGAAUUGUCUUUAAAUUCUGAAAUUUAAAGUUAUGAAUAAAAUGGGUAGAUUCAUAUUUUUAAAAAUUCAGUUGAUUUUCCCCAUAAAAUGGUCCAUUUAAAAUGCCUAAUAUCCCUAAUAUAUGAUACAGUUCUCAAUUAAUAGGUGCAGUUGGGGAAAAUCAGCUUUAUUUUUGGUGUGAAACUAAGUGCUUAUUUAUAAAGGGAAUGUUUCUGAAUGUAAGUGCCUAAAAGAUCUUUGUUUGGUAUGAAUAUGUUGUUUUCACACAAUUUUAUAGGCAUGUUUGACCAUUUGUGCUUUUAUGGUAUAUAUGUAAACUUUUACUUUUCAGUUGGCAAUUCAGUUAACUUUUUAAUAUGUGCAUGAUUGCCAAAAGGCUUGCAAAUCUGUAUUUAAUUAAAUUGCAAAUCUACAAAUUAAUUAAUUGCCAGUUUUUACAUGUGGUAGUCAAUUAAAUUGUGCAAAGAAAAUGCACUUAAACCUAUUUCUAAAUUAUAUAGUUCAGUUACAUCUUACUCUGCUUAUGGCAGUUUUAAUACAUUUGAUAGUUUUCACCCCUUGGCUUUGUUCUAACAUAAACUUUUUUUUUUCAGCAGUUCUAAACUUUUUGGUAUUUUAUAAACGGUCCCAAAAAAUGCCUGUUCCAGACGUUUUUAAAUUCAUUGCAUUUCUUCUUGAUAUUGUCUGGGUUUUGUUAAAAUCAUUCCUUUUGUAUGAAAUGUUUUGAUGUAUGAAUCGUAUAUUCUUGUUCUACCUGGACUGUCAAUCAUUGAAAAUGUGUAUUUCAUCUGAAUCAAGCAAAGAUGUAUUUAAGUUGAUUCUGAGGGUACAGUUCAGUAAGCCUCAUUGUUUGGAAUUUGAGAGAAGGUGUAGAUCUGUUUCAUUUAUAAAAUUCUCAGUUUUUAGAAGUAGUAAAUUCCUGUUAUUUUCUGGGUUUCAUCAUUUUGUCUAAAAUAGGAUAUAAAAGGGACAAAAAAAAUAAAACAGCCUCUUUUUGUAUAUGUGAAUUAUAUUUCUAGUAAAUGCUUU